AUGGAUACUCCCCGGGUCCUGCUAUCGGCUGUCUUCCUCAUCAGUUUCCUGUGGGAUUUGCCGGGUUUCCAUCAAGCUUCCAUCUCCUCCUCGUCGUCGUCCGGGGAGUUGGAUUCGGCCAAGGACGUGGGAAGCCGCAAGGAAGGGAAAGUGCCUCGGGCGCCGCGAGAGAGUGUUGCGGACCGGGCUCCCCCGGAGCGCCAGGAACCCCGGCCGCGGCGGCAGGACGAGCCCCGGCGGCGGGUGCAGCAGCCGCAGGCACAGGCGCCGCCUGGCAGGGGCCCGCGGGUCGUACCCCACGAGUACAUGCUGUCCAUCUACAGGACUUACUCCAUCGCGGAGAAGCUAGGCAUCAACGCCAGCUUUUUCCAGUCUUCCAAGUCGGCGAAUACCAUCACUAGCUUUGUAGACAGGGGACUAGACGAUCUCUCACACACUCCUCUCCGGAGACAGAAGUAUUUGUUUGAUGUGUCCACGCUCUCAGACAAAGAAGAGCUGGUGGGCGCGGAGCUGCGGCUCUUUCGCCAGGCGCCUGCAGCGCCCUGGGGGCCGCCGGCCGGGCCGCUCCACGUGCAGCUCGCCCCCUGCCUGUCGCCCCUGCUGCUGGACGCACGGACCCUGGACCCCCAGGGGGCGCCCUCUGCCGGCUGGGAAGUCUUCGACGUGUGGCAGGGCCUGCGCCACCAGCCCGGCAAGCAGCUGUGCUUGGAGCUGCGCGCCGCGUGGGCCGAGCCCGGCGCGGAGGAGCGCGAGGCGCACGCGCCAGGGCCCCAGCAGCCGCCGGCUCCGGACUUGCGGAGUCUGGGCUUCAGCCGGAGGGUGCGGCCGCCCCAGGAGCGCGCCCUGCUCGUGGUGUUCACCCGCUCGCAGCGCAAGAAUCUCUUCGCAGAGAUGCGUGAGCAGCUGGGCUCCGCCGAGGUCGCGGGCCCCGAGGGCUCGUGGCCACAGCCUUCCGGCGCCCCGGACGCCGCGCCUUGGCUGCCCGCGUCCGGCCGCCGCCGCCGGCGCACGGCCUUCGCCAGCCGCCAUGGCAAGCGCCACGGCAAGAAGUCGAGGCUGCGCUGCAGCAAGAAGCCGCUACACGUGAACUUCAAGGAGCUGGGUUGGGACGACUGGAUUAUCGCGCCCCUGGAGUACGAGGCAUACCACUGCGAGGGCGUGUGUGACUUCCCGCUGCGCUCGCACCUGGAGCCCACCAACCAUGCCAUCAUCCAGACGCUGAUGAACUCCAUGGACCCCGGCUCUACCCCGCCCAGCUGCUGCGUGCCCACCAAAUUGACUCCCAUCAGUAUCCUGUACAUCGACGCGGGCAAUAACGUGGUCUACAAGCAGUACGAGGACAUGGUGGUGGAGUCCUGCGGCUGCAGGUAG